UGUAGUUUUCACAGCGUUGCUAGGAGACGACAAGCUGAGCCGAGUUUGUUUCCGGUUUACAGUUGAGGCUAAUGUGGACGUUUAGAGCUGCUCUUCGGUGAGUUCUCGGUGUUUUAGCGGCAGUAUGGAGAUCGUUCAUGUUUACUCGAAGCUCCGCAGUGAGUUCGGCCGUCAGUGUCUGUUUUCGGAUCGACCUGCUGAGCUGCUGCUGGAUCUCCCCCCGGACCCGAGCCUGACCCUCAGCUUCAUCCAGAAGAACCACCGGGACCAGGCGGUGCAGGCAUGCUGGGAGACGUCAGAGCACCAGUUGAACACAGAGCGCUUUGAGACCGGAAGCUGUGGAAUAAACCACAUGGAGGGGGGGUGGCCCAAAGACAUCAACCCUGCUGAGAUGGAACAAACGAUCCGUUUCAGGAAGAAGGUGGAAAAGGACGAGAGCUACAUCAACAGUGUUCUGCAGCUGGGCAGCGUGAUGGAGCACUGCAUCAGACAGAACAAUGCUGUGGACAUCUAUCAGGAGUGUUUCGAGGAUGAGGAGGAGGUGGAGGAAAUUCAGGAGCCACCAUCAGCCAAGACCGUCAAUGUCUUCAGAGAUCCUAAUGAGAUCAAACGUACUGUCACCAGCCUGUCCUGGCAACCUGAUGGCGGCAGGAAGCUGGCGGUCGCCUACUCAUCCCUUGAGUUCCAGAAAUCAUCCAAAGACAUGAGCCUAGACUCCUACAUCUGGGACAUUGAAAACCCGAACAGGCCAGAGAUGAUGCUGAAGCCAGCGUCUCCACUUGUCUGUCUGGACUACAACCCCAAAGACUCCCACACUCUGGUGGGGGGAAGCUAUAACGGACAGAUUGUGUUCUGGGAUAUCCGGAAAGGGAAUCAGCCAGUGGAGUUUUCUUCUUUGGAGCACAGCCACAGAGACCCAGUGUACAAGAUCAUAUGGCUGCAGUCCAAGACUGGAACCGAUGCCUUCUCUGCCUCCACCGAUGGACAGGUUUUGUGGUGGGAUGUCCGCAAGCUAGCUGAGCCCACAGAGCGUCUAGUCCUGGACCCAAGCCGGGAGGGGAACCUGGACCAAGCUUUAGGAGCUAUCUCUCUAGAGUUUGAGCCCACCAUGCCAACUAAGUUCAUGGUGGGGACGGAGCAGGGCCUGGUCAUCUCCUGUAACAGGAAGGCGAAGACCCCAGCUGAGAAGAUUGUCUGUACAUAUGACAGCCACCACGGACCCAUCUACGCCCUGCAGAGGAACCCCUUCUUCCCCAAAAACUUCCUCACUGUCGGGGACUGGACUGCUCGCAUUUGGUCUGAGGACAUCAAAGAGUCAUCCAUCAUGUGGACCAAGUAUCAGAUGUCGUACCUGACAGAUGCCUGCUGGAGUCCAGUCAGACCCUCUGUCUUCUUCACCGUGAAGAUGGAUGGCGUGCUGGAUGUGUGGGACAUCCUGUUCAAACAGAGCGACCCCACGCUGAGUCUGAAGGUGUGUGACAAAUCUCUGUACAGCCUCAGUGUUCAGGACAAUGGGUGCUUGGUGGCCUGUGGCUCUCAGCUGGGUGAGGCCACGCUGCUAGAGAUCUGCUCUGGGCUGUCGACCCUCCAGAAGAAUGAAAAGAGUCUGCUGGCUGCUAUGUUUGAGCGGGAGUCUAAGCGUGAGAAGAUCCUAGAGGCACGGCAGAGGGAGGUCCGUCUAAAGGAGAGGAGUCGCUCGGAGCAGAGCAGAGAAGAGGAGGUGGGCCGUGAGGAGGGAGAGGAGGACCCCAAGCAUCUGAUCGCCAGAGCUGAAAGUGAUUUCUACAGCCUGGUAGAGGCAGAGGUGAAGAGGAGGGAGAAGAAGGAUGAGGUGAUGAAGGAAAAAGAUAUCUGUGAAGAGAAAGAUGUGAAAGAUGAAGAACAAAGAGGAACAUCAGAAUGAAGGAAAACACGUUUCUCUUUUUUAAAGGCAGCCGGCCGGCCAGCAAGGUCACCGUGUUUGUGAAUACGAUAACCUGAGACUGAAGUGAUUUCCAUCCCUCCACCCAUCCAACCAUCAAUUCUCUUCUGCUUAUCCUGGACCAGCUAUCACAGGGCAAGGCAGGGUACACCCUGGGCAGAUCGCCAAUCUGACACAGAACCAAGUGGCGUAGGAGCUUCAAAUUGAUACCGUAGGUGUAUGGUAUCAAAUGGUAUGGUAUGGUGUCUUCUUGGACAAGUUCGAAUCUCAAUGACCACGACCUCAAGGUCAAGUUUUCUGACAGUCUUGUGACUGUGACAACUUGGGAACGAGGUGACAUGUACUCAUGUACUUAGGGCAGUAAGCCAGAAAUAGAUUGAUCAGAAUCAUAAUACUUUAUUGAUCCCUAGGGGAAAUUAUUUAUUUAUCUAUUUAGUAUGAAUUAUUAUUUAUUAUUAUAGAUAAAGUGAUACCAAUGAACCGUCCUGCCUAAGCCCAAUGAGGACCAGCCAGAGAAUAAAGAGUACAGUGGUGAUUACAGCCAGUUAUAAAUCUUAAUGCUCCAUGAUAGAGAGACUCCAACAGAUAAAGAGAGAGUGAGCAGAGGCAUUCAUGUAAAUUAUGUCACCGUAAUCCAGGAGAGGUAAAAAAAAAAAAAAAGGGGGCAGCAACGGUAAAAGAGAAACAUGAUCUGUUUCUGAAAAAGAACUCAAACUUCGGCCUCUAAUCAACAGUCAAAAGCUUUUUAUAGAUCAAUAAACAAAGCUGGCUUCAUAGACGUCAUUGAGAUGUUUUAGGGAAGCAGUUACAGUACUGUGCAGUUUCCUAAAAUCAGAUUGGAAAGGAGAUAAAAUACUAUUUUCAUCCAGAUAACUUGAUUAUUUACCAACUUAUCAACGACUUUAGCUAAGAUAGAGAGUUUGAAAUUUUACCUGUAAUUAUUAACUAUUGAAGAAUUACCACCUUUCAGUAGGGUGAGUAGAAAGGCACACUUCCACAUGUCUGGUAAAGUGUUCUUUUCGUAUAGAAAGAUUAAAAAUAUGAAACACUAAGCAAUGAUAUUAGCAGCCAGACACAAGAAGAAAGGAAAAAAAUUGUCAGGACCUGCUGACUUUUUUGUGUUAAGGCUCUGUAGAGCAUACCACAUACCCCUUCUACUGUCAAAGGUGUAAAGGAAAAAGUAUUAGUAACCGUGGAACUACUAGCAGGGUCGUAUUCAAGAGGCUUACUAUCAGAUACUGUGCUUAACAAAGAACAAGAAGCAACAAAGUGUUUGUUAAAACAAUUGACCAUUUUAUUUUUCUAUGACACAGGAGUGGAGUCAAUAAUUAAGUAAGGAGGUAGCUAUGAGGAAUGAGAGCUCGCAGAGUUUGUCGAAAUCUCCUAGGGUCGUUUAGACUGUCAGUGGUUAAAGUAAAAAAUUAGGGACAUUUGGCCUUCCUGAUGAAUAUAACCAAUCAGCAUCAGAUGCGGACUUUCUCACAGCUGCCCAGGCCUGGUUUCUUUCACGUAGGAGACUGACCAGUUCAGAACUGGACCAGGGAAUGUCCUGACCUUUCACUCUGACCUGGCAAAAAGCAGCAUCUAUGCAGUGAAAGAUUGAUUUCCAAACAGAUUAAUACUUGAGGCCAAAAUUUAAAAUUGCUUCGAUGCAGAUCUAAAGAACAAGGCUUGAGCAGCAAGACAGACCUUCACAUAAACUGCCAAACCACUGCAUAUUUAGAUACCAGACAACCAGAGCUCUGUCAUGCAUCUGGUAAAAUAUCAUUAGAUUUUACCUUCUAGAGAUUUUUUUAACAGAAGAAGAAACAUUUAUAAUGACUUAUAACACUGAAUCUUUUGGUUCCUGGUGACUUGUAUAAAACAUAACAUGUGAGACUCAAGUAAAUUAAGAGUAUUUAACAGGAUGUCAAAUAACUAAGCAAACUCAAACUCAGUGGAAUAUUUUAUUCAGUGCUGGUGAGAAGGAAAAACUCAAAAGGACAGAACGUGCCAGAAGAUGUUUGAUAUCUGUCAUAUCACUUAAAGUAUUUUCUUAAUGUUCCUGAGACAACAGGAGCUGUGCAGUUCUUUCAAGUGAGGGUAGAGGAGAGCUGACUAUCCGCUGGGUGACCUGUAUGACCCUGUGGAGGGCUCUCUUCUAUUUUUCUCAGGGAUGUUAUUCUUUCUGAGAACUCUCAAAAGGCAGUCUCUUCUGGGCUUUCUUCACUAGUGGGAAGGAAAAACUCCCUUUGACAGGAAGAAACCUUCAGCAGAACCAGGCUU